AUGACAUUAAUUAAAUGCUUUGUUGUUGUCCUUGGCGAACCUGUUGCAGAAGAGGUGUUUAUGUCUUCCUUUGGGCAUGUUGUGCAGGUGGGACCAGAUGGAGAUGGAGUUUUGACAGCCACACACUCAGAGGAGCCCCAGAAAAGCCUGAAGCGGGGGACCGGCACUUCCAGCAAGGGCUGCGUGCAGCACCCAUCGCCUGACGGGCCGCUCCCGGCCCUGCUGCCGCUCCCUCACAGAGCUGUGCCCACACAGCCCGCUGCCGCGGCCCGGCCGGGCGAGGAGCUGCCCCUGAGGGCAGGGGAUGGGAGAUGUCCUGCUCACCCUGCACCUCUGGGAAAGGGCUGCCAGCAGCCAGAGGCUCAGGAGGACCAGCUGAGGAGCAGCCCAUCGAGGAGAGUCAAGUGGUGGGGCCGGCUCUGUGCAGCCACAGAGCCCUCUUGUGUUGUCUGCUGGGUUGCAGACCAGCCAGAAGAGCAGCCGGUUCCUUUCACGAGACCAAGCAAGGCAACCUUUCUUUGGACCCAUCUCCCUUCAGUGCUGUCUCCCUUUGAGGGAAGCCACCUCAGGCACCGGGACUUUGUGCAGUGGAGGCUAAUGAGAGCAGAGAGUUCCUUCUGCCACGUUUUUUCUCUCCUUCACAAUGGGCUCAACCAGGAGAACUGGGGAGGAUCAUCAUGGGACCAAGACUGCAAAGUUUACAAGACAAAGCAUGAAAAUGAAGUGUUUGCCUUGGAGCCACCCCAGGCCCAGAGAACAGUGACCCUGCAAAGCAUCGGUGUGUGCAAGGCUCAGGACUCGGCGCUGCAGCCUGGAAGGAUCUCGCACACAGCACCGGGCAGUGCCUCAGUGUGGCUUGGGACUCCUCCUGCUCUCCUUGUCCACUUGCUCAGAGCACAGGAUUAAGAAAGGAGUCAGGUUUCUGUUUGCUUUCCCACUAGAGAUGGUUUCUGAAGUUUCCAGUCUGGAAUAUUUGACAUUUCAAGGACAUCACAACAUCCUGUUUCUCUUUCUAUAACCCUAUAUGUUUUUUCUGUUUCUAGUAGCCACCCCCAUUCUCUAAAGCUGUGGGAAUUUCCUGUAUAGGGACAGAAGAUAUGCUAAGAGUGAAGCUCCUAAGGAGAAAAACACAAAGAGCUGAUGUUUCAUUCUCUUCCUUAUUUCCCUUCUCUUAGCUAUUUGUCUUUCACCUCAGUAAAUAUUGAUGAAAGGGAAUGCUGGAGAGGUGGGGUUCUCACUGUUAGUCAUACUUAAAGAUAUCAAUACACUUAAUUUUCAAAAUCCUACCCUAUGUCCAUUCUCCAACUGUGGCAAGUAUGCCAC